GCGUGUACGCGCGCGCGGGGCUCACGUUCCGGGGCUGUGGUGGCCUCUUCCUCCCGCGUCCCGGGCCCGCGGCGAGGACUCUUGGGAGUCGGGCGCUGGCGUGGGCCUCCCCGCCGCCGCCGGCCCUCUGCCGUGGACUGGACCGAGCCGGCCGGAGCGAGCGGAGCGGGCGGGAGCUUUCCUGCCUAUGGUCGGUCCCUGGGCGCGCUGAGGGCCGGGCUCCGAGCGGCCGAGAAAAUGAUGCAUCCUGUCGCCGCCAGUAAUCCAGCGUUCUGUGGGCCUGGCAAGCCUUCCUGCCUCAACGAAGAUGCCAUGAGAGCUGCUGAUCAGUUUGAUAUAUAUUCAUCCCAGCAAAGCAAGUACGGCCACACAGUCAGCCACAAACCAAUGGUUUGUCAGAGGCAAGACCCAUUAAAUGACACACACUUGCAGCCUACCAGUGGCAGAAACAUAGAGAUAAAAGAUGAACUAAAGAAAAAGAAAAACCUCAAUCGAUCUGGUAAGCGCGGCCGGCCUUCAGGAACCACCAAGUCAGCAGGAUACCGGACCAGCACGGGCAGACCCCUGGGAACUACCAAAGCAGCUGGAUUUAAGACGAGUCCAGGCAGACCUUUGGGUACAACCAAAGCUGCAGGGUACAAGGUCAGCCCAGGGAGACCUCCAGGUAGCAUUAAAGCUCUGUCCCGACUUGCAGAUCUUGGUUAUGGCUGUGGUACUGCUGCCUUCCCUUACCCUAUGAUGCAUAGCAGAGCAGUUCAUGGGGUUCAGGAAACCAGUGGUGAAGUCAAGCCACCCAGUGAGUGAGCAAGGCAGGAGAGCAUGUGCUAUGAGCAGACUGAGGUGCCCCAAAGCUUCUUGCUUUACUCUGACUUUUCCACCUGGACUUCCCAGUUUUGUUUUUCUGUUUGAUCUCCCUCACUCCCCACUUGAUUUUUGUUUCUUUCGUUUUUGCUCAGAAGCUGCCACUGGUUGGGCAGGAGUAGUGCGUUGUACCUGUAGUGUCCAAGGUUCAGACAGUGCUCAGCUAAGUCCUUGCUUUCCCUUUGGGUCAUUCUUAGUGGACGCUUCACAGGCCAACGAACUGCCACGGUUGACUUUGAGUUGUGAGUAAACCCGUGUGUAAGGUUUACCCGAGGCUUCUAACUGACAGGGUGAAACAGCAACUAGGAGCAGAUCAAAGGGCGUGCCUGUGUGAGUUUAGAACGUCCUUGAAGUAAGACACAGCUGUUUGGAUGCUUGGGAAUUUAAAACACAGCUUCUUAUUUAUUGAUUCACAUGACAUUAGAUGAUCAUGAUUUCUAAAACAUUGUCUGAUACUUGCCUUGCAGAGAUUAUAGUUACAGGCUAUAUGUUUUUCAGUUGCUUAAGAGCAUAUACACCAUACACUACGAAUAAUUCAUUCUUACAGCAAAAUGCUUACAUACUUUAUAAGCCUGCACAUUAUAUUUAAUAUACAAGAAAGAGAAACCUUAAGGUCUGCAUGUAACUAUAAUCAUUCUAUUUUGUCUUUCAUAUACUUAGUGAGUUUCAAAAUAUUAUAUUUAAAAACAUUUAUUACUAGUGCUCAUUUAGAAUGGUUUUUUAGUUUUUCUGAGUAAUUGUUAUUAUAUUGCAUUAGUACUUAACUGUAUCUUCAGGUUUAUAUCUACCAAAGGACACAAAUUGAGUGGUAGACUGCAGAACUGGUCUAAGAAAGCAGUUUCCUGCCUAUUAAGACCCAAAUACCAAGAAAUAUAAGAACUCAGUAUGCAUGAACCCUGUAAAAUGAUUGCUGAUUACGUUAAAAAUGGCAUUGUGGCUCCAGGAAGACUGCUUUUUCAAAAGAAAUCUCUUCUCCCUAGCGAGGUUUGCUUUCAAAGUAAUAUAGAAAAGAGAAAAAUACUGGGCACAAAGGUAUAGUUACAGAGGGAAAUCUUCCUUUCUGUUAAAUUUUAUUUAUUUUGAGUUUUACAUAAAAUAUUAUGAACUUCAGAAUUGAAAAGCUUCACUAGGCAGAGGCAGAUGGAUCUCUGUGAGUUUGAGAGGUGUGCAUAGUGAUUUCCAGGGCAGCCAGCUCUAAGUAGAAAUCCUCUCCUAACAAACAGAACAAAAAACAAAAUUACUUUUUUUAACUUGCAUUUCAAAAUGCCUUUGAUAUUAAAAUGUAGAUUAAAGACUCAAAAACUUUAAAAAUAAUCAAAAGUAUAAAAGGACACAUACCCAUUGGUUAGGCUUGCUCUCAGACCAUGUAAACUGACUUUACGUAAAUUCCAUGGUUUAGACCUUUCAGGAGACAAGCAGCAAACCUCAGGUGCCCCUAGGGAUAGCUGACACCCAGCUGGGCUUCUGCUCGGACAACGAGAGAUGUUGCAUUGCUUGGGGGAUCAGUGACCUCAACAGGACCAGCUUUGCACAAAUAGGCAACCGUGGACAAUGCUGGGUGACUGCACAACCAGUGCUAUCAUUCGGGCAGCUCAGUUGCUUCAAGUGUUUCUUCUUGCAGAAGCCUAGAACAUAAAAUUUGUAAUAACUUACUCAGAACAGUGUAACUUCUGACAUGCACAAAUACUUGCAUCCUCAUUGUGUAUUCAUCUGGGUCCCUUGAGUACCCAUCACUUAGCUAUUUCUGAGGAUGUUCAGCAGUUGACUGCUUAGAAACCCUUGCACGGCCAGUUCCUGAAGAUGGCUGCAGUAUUCUGUGGAAUACUGUGCUCCACUGUCAGGGAUUGGGCGCAUAUUACGUGUCAUAGUAAGUCCACUAACAUCCUUCCAGUUUGGUUUCAUUCCUGCUUUUAUACCCGUUUAUUCGUUUCUUUGCUGUUCCACACCUGUUCCCUUCCCCCACUCCCCAGUACAUCUACUCAGUGGUGCUGUGCUGUGUGUCAGAAGACACAGUGGGUGUAUUAUUGUGUAAUGAAAUGGGACAUCGGUUUAAGGAGAGGUGUUCAUAACAGUGUUGUAUAGGGAGCUCUAGCCCAGGAAGGGGGGAUGCAUGGCUACAGCUGUGGAUGGGUAGCAUCACUUAGAAAACUGAAUUUACUGUUCCUGUGAGCCGUUCCCUGGAGUAUUAAGUGUGAGCGCUGGUGAACAUCUGGUUCUACUCACUGCUCUCCUUGUGGACAGUUUACUAGUGCCAUGCCGGAGAGACAGAUGACGUGAAUGAAGUCUUCACAUUUAAAAUAUUUGCUUCUACAUGAUCUAAAGACUGCGUUCUGCAUCUUCUGUAACAUGGUCUUUUGUCAUGAAAGACACUGAAAUAGCAUGUUAAACAGUUGCCUAGAUGUCAGUGUAUUCAGUUGGAAGAACUGCCCCCCCCCGUAUAAUUGUUCCUUAAAAGGUAAAUUGCUAAUUUUAUACACGUGAUUCUAUUCUUCAUAAAAUAGGUUUCACUAUCUAUAUUAAAACUGUUUAUCAGAAAAUGAUCUACUAUGCCAGUAAGUUGUUUUACUUUUUCUUAAAGGGUAUUUUAACAUGCCUUAUUUAUUAUUGUUAUAUAACAAGGAAUCAAUCAGAUGAAAAUUUCAUUUUCCACAAGUAUUCCCUUGCCUAACUAAUCUUUAGUAUGGGGUGAUUUUGAUACUAUCUUUGGAGUUUUGCACUGGAUAUUAAAAAAUAUAUUGGCACAAUAUAUUAAAAAAUAAAAUAGUAAUUGGUUUAAUUUUUAAUAUUUGGGAGCAUUUUUUAAAAUCAGUGUUGAAAUCAGACUAAUCUUUGUAUUUUUAAUUUAAAAAAGAAACAUCUGUCAACGUGGUAUUUAUUCAUUCUAAACUGCUGUUUGUGUGAAUUUACAUAUAUAUUUUCAUGAAAUACGAAUAUUGAAUUUCUUUGAGGUAAAAUCUGGAUCCAUUUAAUAUGAGGUUAAGGGUGCUUCAUCCAGUGUAAGAAUGACCACAAUGUGUUUAGAUAGUGAGCUUCUUUAUACUUUAAGAAGUUUUAAAAGAGCAGUUCAGGGUUGUUGAUAACUUCUCUGUCAGUUCCUUGGCUAUAUGCAGUAAGCUUUUAUAAUCCGUCACAGUAAUAAAUUCACAACAGUCUUGGGCAUAAAAAGUUUGGAUGCCCUUUUGCUCUGUGUGUUACAAUGUCAUUGACUUCGCUCAAACUCUAAGAUGUAUCUUAAUCCUUUGCUUUCUCCUUUUUCCUUCCAAAUAGACAGAUCUGUGUUCUCACAUACAGUGUAUUUAAGUUUUUGAGAAUUAAUCCUGUAGCAAGUCAAUUGUGUGAUUUAAUCAGGCCACUCUGAUUCUUUGAUUCACAAUUUCCUUUUUCCACAGACAAUUAUGAAGCAAAUAAUUACCAUUUAACUGAUAAUAAGCACGUUGUCCUCUGCUGUAAAAAGUCCGAAUAGAUACUGUGUAUGUUUAAUGUCCAUGAACUUGAGCUACUCGUGUGCAAUUAUGUGUAUGGGAAUGGAGUAGUGUUCAUGAUUUGUAUCUGCAUCAUCAUAUGGAUGUAUAUUUAUUAAUAAAGUCAUCACUUUAAAAC